GUUGUACCUUUCCGCUAACCUGAAAUUCCUCUUUUACACGUUUCGGAUAUCUGCUUCUAUUUUGAGAGAUACCGAAGCACCGUGUCCGGCGUGCGGUAGGCGUGUUAGUAUCAGGCGAUAAAAAAUGUCUUUCAAACUAAUCGCCAGCCCUCAUAAUCCACCGUUAGGUGCAUUGGCCAUAACUGAGUUGCUUCGCAACGAUGGGAAACUUAAGGUAGAUGUAUCCUGGUCUGAGAUCAAGGGAUCUAGCAAUAUUCAACUCUUUGAUAAAGAAGGUGCUUUAAUUGGGGAAAACAACAACGAAGCAAUUCGAUAUCUGGCACGUACCAUAGACUCAGCGUUGUAUGGUGGAGAGGGUGCUUUGGAAAGAACCGAGGUUGACCAUUGGCUAUCCUUCUCGAUUGGUCCUCUCAAAUGUUCGCAGUCUAUAGAAGAGGCUCUGGCUUACUUGGAGCGCUCGUUGACACCAAAAACAUGGCUAGCUUCUAAGAGGUUUACAAUUGCAGAUAUCUCUGUCUUUGCAGCACUGUAUAGCCAAUCACGUUGGCAAGACAGUGCAAAAUAUCCAAACAUCACGCGAUGGUAUAAGCAUGUGCUUUCAUUGCCUGCUAUCAAAACGUCCAUAGAUACAAUUAAAGCAAACGCUACACCUGCGAAAGACAAACCUGAUACUGUUGGCAAAAUGAACAAAGCACCGAAGGGUGGAGGUGCCAGAAAAGAACAAGGAAAAUUCAUAGAAUUACCUGGUGCUGAGAUGGGGAAGGUGGUAGUACGUUUUCCACCAGAAGCUAGCGGCUAUCUUCAUAUCGGCCAUGCAAAGGCGGCUCUGUUGAAUCAAUAUUACGCUGACAAUUUCCAAGGGCAAUUAAUCAUGCGGUUCGAUGAUACAAAUCCGGCUAAGGAAUCCGUCGAAUUUGAAGAAGCCAUCUUGCAGGACUUGGAAAUGCUGCAAAUAAAACCGGACCGAUUUACCCACACCUCACAAUACUUUGAUUUAAUGCUUAAAUAUUGCCAGCAAAUGUUGACUGAGGGCAAGGCAUAUGUUGACGAUACUCCAGCAAUCACUAUGAAGGAGCAGCGCGACCAGAAAUUGCCUUCUGUGAACAGAGAUAACAGUGUAGAGAAGAAUUUGGAACUGUGGGAAGAGAUGAAGAAAGCUAGCAGCCGUGGCAAAGAGUGCUGUGUGAGAGCCAAAAUUGAUUACGAAUCAGUUAACGGAUGUAUGCGUGAUCCCACAAUUUAUCGCUGUAAACCUGAGCCCCACCCUCGUACAGGCACUGAAUACAAGGUUUACCCAACAUACGAUUUUGCUUGCCCAAUCGUUGACGCAAUUGAAGGAGUAACUCAUACGCUUCGCACAACUGAAUACCACGACCGAGAUGCUCAGUUCUAUUGGUUUAUAGAGGCCCUUAAUCUUCGGCGGCCACAUAUUUGGGCAUACUCAAGACUUAACAUGACACACACUGUAUUGUCAAAGCGAAAAUUAACGUGGUUUGUAGCUGAAGGACUCGUAGAUGGUUGGGACGACCCUCGUUUUCCCACAGUAAGAGGUAUUUUACGUCGAGGAAUGACUGUGGAGGGAUUAAAACAAUUUAUCAUAGCGCAGGGUAGUUCAAAAUCCGUCGUAUUUAUGGAAUGGGAUAAAAUUUGGUCGUUUAACAAAAAAGUUAUCGAUCCUAUUGCUGCAAGGUAUACAGCUCUCUCACAAGAUCAAACGAUACCUGUUCGUGUAUUAGAUGCAACAGAGGGAUGGCUUACAGUUCAAAAUCAUCCGAAAGAUCCCACUCAGGGUACUAAAAGAGUGCGGAUCGGACCCAAUCUGCUUAUCGAAAAAGAUGAUGCCGAAGUUCUGAUUGAAGGUCAGAACGCAACCUUUAUAAAUUGGGGAAAUAUUUUAAUCCAGAAAAUAAAGAAAGAGAAUGGCAAAAUAACAGAGAUUGAGGCGAGAUUGAAUCUUGAUAAUAAAGAUUUCAAAUCAACCCUCAAGCUUACUUGGCUCUGCCAAGAUAAAAGUGUAACAAAGGAUAAGGUCGAAGAGUCAAACUUGAUACCAUGUUAUGCCGUUUAUUUUAACCACAUUAUCAGUAAGGCAGUACUAGGAAAGGAUGACGAUUUCAAAGAUUUUGUCGCCAAAAAUACAAGGAAAGAGGUAACAUUGCUAGGUGAAGUUGAACUGAAAAGGGUGGUCAAGGGCGACAUAAUCCAGUUGCAAAGGAAAGGAUUCUUUCGCUGCGACGUUCCUUAUGCUCGGGCAAGCCCACACUCUUCGAGGGAACAGCCUCUGAUUUUAUUCCAUGUGCCUGAUGGUCACGCCACCUCUCCCACCACUUUACCUGUAGCUUCCCCUACUACUUCCUCAACUAAGGCAACUGCCGAAACCAGCCAGUCACCAAAAGAGUUAAAUACUGUCGGCAAUAAUGAAGAGGACCUAAGCACAAAAGUUGCUGCGCAGGGUGAAAAAGUCCGAGAGCUCAAGGCUGCUAAGGCGGAAAAGAAAGUGAUCGAGCAAGAAGUAAAGACUUUGUUAGCCCUAAAAGCAGAAUACAAAGCAGCUACGGGUGCCGAUUGGAAGCCUGGAGCAGUGGCAGCUCCUGCUGCGAGUAAAACAAGUAACAACGACCGAAGCGCCGAGAUUAUAUCUGGUGAGAUUUCAAAGCAAGGCGAUAAAGUCAGACAACUAAAAGGGGAGAAGGCAGAGAAAAAGUUAGUCGAAGUAGAAGUAAAAACACUUUUGAACUUGAAGGCUGAGUAUAAAAGUGCGACUGGACAAGACUGGAAACCUGGAGUCACACCGGUAGGGAUGGCGACAGAUGGAGUAAAGAGAGAGGAUAAAAUAGCCGGUGACAGAAGCGCGGAAAUAAUAUGUGAUGAAAUAGCAAAGCAAGGUGAUAAAGUGAGAGUACUUAAAGGAGAAAAAGCUGAUAAAAAAGUAGUUGAAGCAGAGGUAAAAACGCUUUUGAGUUUGAAGGCAGAGUAUAAGUUGGCGACGGGUCAGGACUGGAAGCCUGGAACUGUGCCUGCUCGGAAAGCAGAAGGGGAGAAAAAAAUGGAUCCUGGAGCAGAAAUAUCUGUUCAGAUUGCAAAGCAAGGAGACAAAGUGAGGCAGUUGAAGUCAGAAAAGGCAGGUAAGAGUGUCAUCGACGAAGAAGUGAAAACCCUACUUGCUUUGAAGGCAGAGUACAAAAUCAAAGUUGGUAAAGAAUGGAAACCAGAAACAGUCCCCUCGGCAGCAGUAAAAGUUGAAACUAAGAACGAUAAUGUAGAGAAAAUAUCAAACGAAAUUAAAAAACAAGGUGAUAAAGUACGCGACCUCAAAGCUGUUAAGGCGGAUAAGAAAAUUGUCGAUCAGGAAGUGAAAAUUCUUUUGAAUUUAAAAACUGAGUACAAGACUGCUUCAGGACAAGACUGGAAACCGUCUAGUUCUUCGGCUCCUGCCAGAGAUGCUAAGAAAUCAGAUAGCCAGUCAAAGAAACCAGCGAGUGUUAAUAAGAGUGCGAAGGAAGCAGCAACGAAAGAUAAAGAAAUAACUAAAACUGGCACAAGAUUAGGCCUAGAGGCCAAAAAAAAUGAAAGCCUUUCAGAAUGGUACUCACAAGUCAUCACUAAAGGAGAGAUGAUCGAGUAUUAUGAUGUGUCAGGUUGUUAUGUCCUCAGACCCUGGAGUUACCACAUUUGGGAAGUUAUAAAGGACUGGUUUGACAGUGAGAUAAAGAAACUUGGGGUCCAAAACUGUUAUUUCCCUAUAUUUGUGAGCCGGGGUGUUCUUGAAAAGGAAAAAGCGCACAUUGCCGACUUUGCCCCUGAAGUAGCAUGGGUAACGAAGAGUGGCGACUCUGAAUUAGCAGAACCAAUUGCCAUAAGACCUACUUCGGAGACGGUGAUGUACCCAGCAUAUGCUAAGUGGUUAAAAUCUCACCGGGACUUGCCUCUCAAGCUUAAUCAAUGGAACAACGUUGUGAGAUGGGAAUUUAAGCAUCCUCAGCCAUUCCUAAGAACUCGAGAGUUUCUGUGGCAAGAAGGCCAUACAGCAUUUGCAACUAAGGCUGAAGCAGAAGAAGAAGUACUAACUAUCUUAGAGUUGUAUACCAGAAUUUAUCAAGAUAUAUUAGCAAUUCCUGUAGUCAAGGGUCGGAAAACUGAAAAGGAAAAGUUUGCUGGUGGCGAUUUCACCACGACAGUUGAAGCCUUUGUUUCUGCAAGUGGAAGAGCCAUACAGGGUGCAACUAGCCAUUUCCUUGGACAAAAUUUUUCGAAAAUGUUUGAUAUCCAGGUCGAAGGAGCUGAAGAAGGUAGCGAAAAAACAUAUGUUUAUCAAAACUCAUGGGGAAUAACAACACGUACAAUAGGUGUUAUGAUUAUGGUCCAUGGCGAUGAUAAUGGUUUAGUGCUGCCUCCGAGAGUGGCUGCUGUGCAGGCAGUCAUUAUUCCUUGUGGAAUCACAGCGUCUAGUACACCUGAGCAGCGCCAGCAAUUGCUUACAGAGUGUACCAAGUUGGAGCGUGAACUGAAAAUUGAAGGGAAAUUGAGAGUUCAGGGUGAUUACAGGGACAAUUACAGUCCUGGUUGGAAAUUUAAUCACUGGGAGCUGAAGGGUGUUCCUUUGAGAAUAGAACUAGGACCGAAAGAUUUACAGAAAAGUCAAGUUACGUUGGUGCGCAGAGAUAAUUCUGCCAGGCUGACAAUACCACGGACUCAAGCAAAUACAGAAAUCAAAAACCUGCUGGAAGAGAUACAAAAGAGCAUGUUUGUUAGGGCCUUUGAGGAUAUGAAACAGCAUAUAAAACAAGCAGAAGAUUGGAAAGAGUUUUGCGCACAUUUGGAUAACAAAAAUAUAAUCUUAGCGCCUUUCUGUGGAGAAAUAUCGUGCGAGGAUAAAAUCAAGGCAGACAGUGCAAGAGAGGAUGCUGGUGAAGAGCCUGGAGCUCCAGCCAUGGGAGCUAAAAGUCUGUGCAUCCCAUUUGAACAACCGAUACCUCCGGCGCCGCUAGAAACGUUGCGGUGCAUUAAUCUUGAAUGUAAAAACAAGCCGAAAUUCUAUACUCUGUUUGGACGUAGCUACUGAAGAAAAUGGCGUUUUUCAAUCAAUUUUUAAGAAGCUACAAUCAAAAUACACGAAAAAGGUAUAACAAAACCUGAGUAACACACCGUAAAUAACGCCACGAAAAUUAGAAUGAAAUAAAAACGGUUCGCUUCUUUUGAAAAUGCGAUGAUUGAAAGAA